AUGGCGAGUCUGUGCAAAAAGCAGCAAUGCACAAUCGACAGGCGCGGCUUUCGGCAGGAACUUGACUCUUGGCGACACAAACUUAUUCACUGUGUAGGUUUUGAGAGCAUCCUUGAAGGUCUGAUUGGUCCAGAGUUGAUAAAAGACCUAAAAGCAUUUAAGGACUUUGAGCCUAUUGCUGUGUCUGACUGGUCAUUUGAUGAAAAUUGUCUGUUCUGCUGUUUGAGGAGAGAUAAAGUCAAAGAACACCUAUUUGGCUUCAACAAGAGUCAUCUUGAAGAUGCACCUAAACCUCUCCUAGUUAAAGAUCAGAUCAGAAUCAUCAGACUAGAGAAAAAGGCUGAGGAGUUUCUCAAUGCAAUUCUUUGCAGAAAAGGUAUUUCUGCAGAUGUGCCAAAUUUCUCAGACCCACACAUUCCAGUAGUGGCUCGAGAAAUUCUUCAGAGAAUGAUCAGCCAAUUUGCAGCCGAAUAUACCUCAAAAACCAGCUCUCCUCAGGACAGUCGCUCGGACUCCCCGCCUCACUCUGACCAAAGCCGGGUGGCCCCACUCCUUCUGUCAGGGACUACUUCAACCAGCCCUGCUAACACCCUGGUUGGAGCAGCACAAAACCAGAACCCAGUCUUGAGCAAGCUUCUGAUGGCUGACCAGGAUGCUCCUUUAGACCUCACCAUCAAGAAGCCUGCGGCAGAGCCCCACGAACAAGAUGGAGUUCUUGACUUGUCUAUCAAAAAGAAUCGCUGCAGCAGCAACAGCAACAUAUCUUCCCGCAGUGUCUGCUUUUCCCCAGCUACAGUCUCGCUGAAGUGGCCGUCGUUGAGAGCGGACGGACAAGUCGGGCUGUUUAUGAAGAACCUACAGAAUGGGAGGAGGAGGGAGAAUAUCGGCCAUUCCGCCUGUUUUAAGCCUACCUCAUCUCUUGCAUACUCGCUGCACAUCAAAAAGGAGCCCAAACUGGAGAGCGACCCCAAGUCACCACUUAGCCAAUCGCCUGGGUGCAACUACACUGAGCUUCCAGGAAGAAAUGCUACUUCUUCCUGGAAUUGCAAAACCAAUUUUGGAGCCCUACUGAAACUUAAAACCAGUGAUGAUGCUAAAGAGCACUUUAAAGAUAUACCACAACUUUUGGAAGCUGCUGGACUUUUGUCAAAGUCAUUUUCUUUUGAGAAAGCGUACAUUAAGGAGGCAAACAAAAGUCAAGAGCAUUCCCCAUCCUGCUCACCAUCUUUUGACAUCAAGAUUCCUCAUGUGCGAGUUGUAACUACAGGAGCAAAGCCUUCUUGGGAUAAUAUGCCUUCUGAAUAUUCAGAUGUAGUCAGUAAAAAUGUUGUUGGAAAGAAGCUUUGCUCUAUACUUCCCAGACAGAUCCGGAAAAGGAGCAGUGUGGGAUCUAACAGCCCAGGGUCAGAGAAGGAAUAUUGGUCUUUUCCCACUGACCACCCAGCCUUUGCAGGGAAUUGUUCUGCGGACUCAGAAACAGACCCAGGAAACAGGUUCCCCAGGAAGAAGCGAGGGCGAUAUCGGCAAUACAACACCGAGCUUCUCGAAGAAGCUAUUGUGGUGGUGAUGGCUGGGAAAAUGAGCGUGUCCAAAGCCCAGUCUGUCUAUGGGAUUCCACACAGUACCCUGGAAUACAAGGUUAAAGAGCGUCUAGGAACCUUAAAACAUCCCCCCAAAAAGAAACUGAAAUUGACCACUAAUGUGGAGGAGGAGGGUCUUUCACUGUCUACUGAUGAGACUCAGGGCACCGUCAACAUCCUCUCCCAGGAUAGAGAGAAGCCACCGCAAGAAACUGAAAAUGCUUUUAAUAAUGUCCAAUGAGUGAGUUUUUUUCUGAAAACAACUAACAGUGAUGGGCUUUUUUAUUAAUCAGUGCACCUGCUGCAUUGUGCAGCAGUUGACUUGGUUUUCCACAAAACCUCAAUAACUUUAUUUGUUAUGAACUUAUUUAUUUUAUCUCUAGUCCUGAUUAUAUGUACUUAUGAUAUUCAAGUAUGUAAGUGUAUCCUUGCAGUAGAAGUAGAUUUUCAGUAAAAUGCAGAUCUAAUUUAUUCACUUGUAUGUUAUUACAUUAAGAAGUUAUCAAAAGAUAAGUGGUCACUGUAGACUACAAUGAGUUGUUACACACAACAAAUAAGAAGACUAGAUAUCUGGCGCCCCUGUGUGUUUCCUUUAAGAACUUUUCAAAUCUUCAAAGUAAGUUUGCUGUAAUUCUACAGAACUAUAAAGCUUAAUUUAACUUACAAAUUAUUUAUGGAAACAUUUGAUUUUAAAUUCAAUCUAUAUGUCAUAACAUGACGUAAUUAGGAAUUUAUCCAUUAAAAAUCAAAAUAUUUAUUUAUGAUUAUUGUAUUCUAGCAAGACUGUUUUGCAUUUUAAUCCCCUUUCUAUCCCAGUCUAAUAUACAUUUCCAAGCAUGAUAUUCAAGCAUGUGUAAUUUAUACUGUUUCUUUUAUAUGGCUUCACUGCAUUGAAGUGUAGUUCAUAUUGAGAAGUUAACUAACUCUUAGUCAAAGAAAAUUUCUUUCUCAUAGUGUAUUUAUGUACGAUUAUUACAAAACGACAGCUAGUGUGAUUUGUUUAAUUUUUGCCUGAAACAAGCUUCUCUCCCAGACAGGUUUGUUGGUCAUAGCUUUACAAACCAGUAGCACAGGAGUUCAAGUCAUCAGUUCUCAGUACGAUUAGUUUUUGCACCAAUAAGAUACUAUUUGAUCAAAAUGCUGCUUUCUUUAAUCAAUCAAUAGAUAUCAAGAGUGUCAGAGUGAAAGAAUCCCAGUGAAAGCUAGUUGUCAGACUUUAAUUCAUGACAAAAUUAAUUUAAGUUUGUAUUUUACGUUGGAAAAAAUACGAAAAAGUUUAAGGGGUAUCAAUACUUUACAAGCACUGCAGGUGUAAAUGGAUACCUACAUGCCUGGGUAUCCAUUUACACCCUGCAGUGAUAACCUUCUUUCCUUGAGUAACUCUUUCCUUUAUUCAGUUAUGUCUUGUGGCACCUACUUCCUUAUAUUCUUAUUAAACAUUAUUUGUAUAGUACCAAAACUAGUCUAUAUCUUAAAAUAAUAAUAAUAAUGAUAAUAAUUAGUCUCCAGGCAGUCUUAUCGUUGGACACUUUGAGAUACUCCAGUGAUGUCAACAAAAUUGACAUAACACUAAUAAGGAAUAAGUAUCAGGAGAAAAUGUUUAUUGAGGAAAUUUUUGCCAAUUUGACAAAACUUUUUGCCUGUUUUUUCUUUUUUUCUUGAGUUGGCCACAUCCAAUUGUUCACAUCAAGGUUGCACCAUCACUUUUAUCUCAGGACGUUCUGGAGUAAUGGAGUCAUGGCCCAUUAUUCUUUUAUCAGGUUAACACAACUCCAGCAAAUAUUGCUAUUGAAGCUAUUGCAAUACUCGCUGCCUUUCAGACAGAUACUGUUGAUACUGUUAAUAGUCGAUGUCUUCAAUAAAACGUUAUUUUCACUACACUCUUAUGAUGUAUGAAAAUAUUUAGAUUUAAAAAAAACAGGCAAUUUCAGAGUAAAACAUGUUCAGGGAUAUAAUCCUUUGGUAUUUCAGCACAGUAACAAUAGAUGGCGAGUAAGCCUACCAGUUUAUCAUAGGUUGCUUCAUGUUGUCUUUUUGACCAGUCUUUGGAGCAGGUGUUCAUCUUCAAAUGAUUUUCAGUUAUCAAGUGUUAAUAAUUUUUUUUCUCAGGUAUUUAUUGGUGGGGGAAGGCAAAACACAAAAAUUCUUAAGCUAUUGUUUUACGUAACACAAAACAGUGCAGUUGAUUUUUGGUGUGUGAAGUUUUCAGUUUUUUAUAGACAAUCAUCCAGUGCAACUUUGAAAACACUGAUAGUUUCUAUUGUAAUCUUAGUUAUUUUUAAAUUUGAUUCACAUUUUGAUUCACUGUUUUGUGUUAUUCACUCUCUGUAACAGUGUUAAUAACCAACUACCUCACAGGAACAUAAUAGGACUUUACUGUUAUUAUAUUUUUCGCAUUUUCCAAUGCAUAUAACACACUGAAUACUGUAAGAUACUUUCACAGAAUGAAAACAGCUGUGUAAUUUAACACGUAAGAUACAUAAAAAUGUAGUAGUAUGUACAUAUUCUAGAGUUUGUUAAUGCACUGUGAUCUACAAAUUGUCUAUUACACUGACAUUGGUGUCUUCUACUGAGGGUGUAAAAUGUUUUUUUUUUUCUUGUGAUUCAAAACUUCACUUCUUCCUCAAGUUUUCCUCCAGCUAAUAAUAUAUUUUGUCCAUGCAUCUUUUCUGAUAUUAAUACAUUGUUUUCAGUAUGCUUAUAGCCACGUAACAAAGAUUGUAAAUAUCUAUAUAAAGAAAAAAAUAUUACUACACAUAAAAGUUGGUAUACAUAAGUGUAUAUCUUGUAAAUUUUGCUUAACUUUACUUAGUACAUACAUGACAACCAAAGGCUCUUACUGAUAAUGUGGCUCUCAAAAUCACUGAACAGCAUUGGUGUCUUUGCUUUAGCAUUUGAAGAAUAUAAAGAAUCACACCAGUAUUUUUGCAUGAUUGGGCUAAAUUGUGUGUUUUAGAAGAUUUAUUGCAUCUUGUGUAAAUUGUCCUGGAGUUGCUUUCAUAUUAAGAAAUGCUCAACCUUUGUGUGAUUUGAUGUAAAAGUAAAAAAGUAGAAAUUAUUGUAACUUUAGAUUGGAAGUAAACCAGUUCAAAGUCUCAACAAAGUUGAAUUUCAGAGUACUGUCAUCUUAAAAGAAAAAUUAUUAAUGUUUAAAUAUUGAAUAUCAUUACAGAAGUUCAGGUAUUUAGUUACUAAAUUCAUCCAGUGAAAUAGAUUAUAAGGGUUAAUUACACACAAACUGUUGUUUUCAAUCCUUUUAAUUUUAUUUAUGAUUUGGCACAGGCAUUGAAAGCGGUUAAUAUUAUAAUAUUAAAUCAAGACCAUUGAAAACAUUUCAAAACAAAAGUGUGGGUUAGUAAAAUACAUAUUAAUUCCUGCUUAAAGGUUGUUUUCAAGGUGUGCUUCAAACUUUACUAUGACUAACGGCCCUCAAAGAAACAAAUAUUCUGAUCUAUUGAAUAUAACUGCAUACAAAAAUUGUCUAAGAUUUGUGAUUUCUGAUGUAUAGAUUCGGUAUAUUCCAGUACUAUAUCAGCCAUGUGGAUGAAUUUGCCUGUUUUGUAAAAUUGGAUAUGUUGUUUUAGUGGAAGAAUAAUGACUACUUGGUGUCCAUUCCUCAUGGCAAUGCUGAAUGAUACCCUCAGGGACAACACUUUUCUUAUUUGUUAUUCAGAUACUCCACUUUAAACCUUAAACUUUGCAAGCAGAGAUGUGAAGUUAAUAAACACUACCUUUAAAAAUAUGAUGGGCUCUAGUUGCAAGAAAGCCUUUUUUUAAAUCUAAAAUUUAUUUCUAAAAUUUAUUCAUAACACCAACAGGUACAUCAGCAUUUUUGCCAAGAUGUAGUACAUUUACUACUUGAGUGUUGGUUUUCAGUUUUUAAAUUAUAGUGGGUGAAUGUUGGCCUUUUUGUUUUGGUCUGUGCUUGAAAAAUGGCUACAUGCAAAAUCUUUGUGUGUUUUACUUUUUUAAUAAAUUCAAUGUUUUUUCGCCAUGCAUAACAAAAGAGAUUGUAUUCUUGCUCGAAACUAACAUUAACAAUAUUGCUUUGGUCCAUUUUUUGUAUAUAAGAGCCAACAUAAUUUAACUGUGUUCCAAACAGAACUCUAUUUAUUCAAAUGUUUUUUUCCUUGAAGUAUAAUGUUAAAAAAGAUAUAAUCCAAGUGUUUUUUGUUUCCCCAAAAAAGUGACUACCAGUGAUGUGGUAGUCUUAUCUACCACAUCACUAGCAUACGUAGCACAUGUGGCCAGACUUUCUUCUGACAUAUGACAUAUGCUACUACAUUUUUAUGACAUGUCUCAGCAAUCCAGAUGUGAUAUGUUUUUUAAAUAAGCUCGAUAUGAAAUCUGAUGUACUGAACUGCCCCAUAUGUACUUGUUACCAAUGAAAAAUGUGUUUGACCUAUAUCAAACUGGACUACCCCCACUGUCUUGUGCAUGUAUUAUUUUUACACAUAUACAUGUAUGUUUAAUGUAAACACUAAAAAAUGUGAUUGGUCAAGUUCACUGGAUGAAUGAUUCAGUUUUAGAUUUGCUUAUUCUUCUAAUAAAUAUGCAACAUAUAAAAUCUGA